AUGAGCUCUUUGUGCGUCGGCCUGGAGAUCCAGUGCGAUCUGGAGGGAAGGGCGACCUGCUCAAGGCGCACGCACGAUCUGGAGCAUGUGUUCCUGGUGGUUUUCAUACUCGAGCUGCUCAUCCGCGUCUUUGGUGAUGGCUCGAGCAUUCUGAAAAGCGGAUGGUUUCGGUUCGACGCCAGUUUGGUUGCCCUUGGAGUCAUCAGUGCUUGGGUAAUCGAGCCGAUCGUGUUGAACGUGAUGGCCAGCGACGGGAGUGUGUUCAUCGAUGUCCUUUCAAAGGUGCUCAUAUUGCGGGUCCUGCGCCUCCUUCGUCUCGUGCGAGCCCUACGUUUGUUCGAGCAGUUCCAGGAGAUGUGGAAACUUGCGAACGGCCUCGUGUGCUCGCUCCGCACUGUGUUGUCCGCCUGCGUUAUGAUAGUUCUGACAAUCUACAUAUUUGCUUGCCUUGGUAUUGAACUCAUCACAAAGAACAAGUUUUUGCUGGAGGACCCAGAGACCGCAGCGCUCAUCCAAUCGCAUUUCCCAUCCCUUCAAAUGACAAUGCUCACCUUGGUUCAGUUCGCGAACGCCGAUUCGAUUGCGGAUGUGUACAAGCCCAUCGUGGAGAAGUCGUGGCAUUUGAUCUUUUAUUUUGGAUUCGUUUGGCUGGUUGUGACUAUCAAAUUGAUGAACUUAAUUACCGCGGUUAUCAGUCGCCUGAGGCAAGGCGACGUGGACCGAGAUCUCGAGCUGGCCAUGAAGCGGAAGAGGUGGAGAGUCCUCGAGCCUGUCAUCAGAGACACCUACAGGGAGCUCGAUCAGAACGCCACCGGCGAGCUCAGCUUGAGUGCCUUCAGGUACGGGUUGGACAACAUGAAAACGGCCUACAAGAAGAGUUUGCCAAUUGACCUGAGGAAGAUCUUGGAUUCGGACCAGCUCGUGGAGCUGUACGAGUACCUCGACGUCGAUCGUUCGGGCGCCAUCGACGAGAAGGAGUUCACCGACGGGAUCUUCACCCUGAUGCUCCAGUCCAUUCCCAUCGAGACCACCCAGAUGCUUCACAUGCUGCGCUCGAACACCGAGGCGCUCCAGAGGAUCCAGCGGAGGCUGCCCGGCCCCGGGCAGUCGCCCACGGAUGCGACCGUCGCGGCCGGUCGUCUGGAGCAGGCCCGCUUCGCGGUGGCGGAGCGGGAGCGCCAGCUGGGCGAGAAGGCCGAUGCGCUCUCGAAGAAGGACGCCGAGGUGAAGUCGCUGCUCCGACAGCUUGCCGCCGUGGGCGACAGCGGCGUCGUCCAGGCCGAGGCCGCCACAGCUAGUCAGGCGGAGGAGGAGGCGUGCACGGCCUUCGAGGUGAUGUUCGCCCUGGAGGGCGCCCUGGGUCUCGAGUUCCAGCGCCUGCAGCCCCCGUACGUCGUGCAGCAGGUGCACGGGCACGGCGUGGCGGUGGGCUUGGGCAUCCUCCCGGGCGACGAGCUCCUGCUGGUGGCCGAGCAGGACGUCACGCAGACGCCCUGGGAGGACUUGGUGAAGCAGUUGGGCCAGAGACCUGUUGUGGCCAGGUUCCGUCGCGACCCACGGCGAGAACUACCAGAGAGAGAGGAGGUGGGCGGCCUGUUCGAGGCCGGCAUCGCCGGCGUGAGCCGCGGCGCCUCCCUGCUCACGCAGACCGUGGGCCGUGCGGCGAUCUCCGUGGUCCCCGGGGUGCCCGGGCGCGGCGGCGCCUCGCCAGGAGGCGGGCCCGGCACCGGCGAGGCGCCGGCGGAGGGCCAGCACCGGCUGCUGGCGGAGGUGGAGCGCCUGGGCACGCUGCUGCGGGCCCGGGACGGCGAGGUCGCGGACCUGGGCGACCAGCUGCGGCAGCGCGACGAGGCCCUGCGCGUGCUCGAGGCGGGGGACGCGGCGCUCGCGGGCGCGGCGAAGAUGGCCAAGGACGCGGAGGCCAGCGCGCAGCGGGCGCGGCAGGCUCAGGAGAGGCUGCAGGAGAUGGAGAGCCAGGUGGCCGCCCUGCGCGCGGAGCGCGAAGCCGCGGCCCAGCGCCUCUCGGAGGAGACGGCGCAGAAGGAGGAGUACCGUCAGCAGGCGAGCGCCCUGACCGAGAGGUGCAACUCGCUCAUGGCCCAGUUCGAGACCCUGCGGGGCACGUUCCUGAACCCGCAGCAGAAGGCGGAGAUGGAGGCGCGGAUGCAGGAGCUGAUGCGCAUGAACGCGCAGUGGCAACAGGCGCACCAGAGCCUGAGCGCAGACGCCGAGAGCCUGAGGCAGCAGGCGGUGGAGAAGAACCAGCUCCAAUCCGAGGUGGACAACCUGCAGCACCUGGAGCGCGCCGUCGGGAUGCUGCAGGCGCGGCUACAGGAGGCCGAGGGGCAGCUGGAGGAGGUCACCGGCGAGGCCCAGCAGCUGCGGGAGAUGCGCGAGGCCGACCAAGGCACGAUCCAGCGGCUGCAGGCCGUGGUCGAGUCCGUCCAGGAGAGAGCGGCGACUCCCAGGCGGGGUGGCUCGAGGCCGAGCUCAUGGAGCGGAGCCGCGAGUGCCAGGCGCUGCGGCGAGAGGCCGAGAAGCUCCGGUCGCAGGUCGAGGACGCUCGCGCGCUCGCAGGAGGAGGGGCGGCAGACGGCCGAAGAGGGCAGGGCCCUCCGGGAGGCCAACGACGGGCUGUCCAGGGAGCUCGAGGCAUCCAAGAAGGACCGCGAAGAGCUCAACGGCGUGCUGCAGCGGUGCCUGGCCAAGCUGGAGAAGGAGGGCAUGGAGCGUCCCCACCUCGUGGACAAGAGGAUGGUGACCCAGAUGCUGGCGUCCUACCUGGAGCAGCGCGACAACCCACGGCAGUCGCAGGA